GUCAAUCAAUUAAUUUGUCAAUUUCAACGCUGUUCAAUAGCUAAAGUUAGGUUCCAUAGCAAUUAAAUAUUUAACUAAAUUAUAAUUUAAUAUAAAUAGAAUGGACAGUGAACUCAAGCUGUCUCAUAAAGCCAAAAAACGUAUCAAGGAAGUUAAAAGGAAGGCUAGACCCGAAUUAGCAGACAAGUACCAAUGGACUGCCUUAAAGUAUGCAACAAACUUUGAUAAAUUCCUCAAGUGUAAUGACAAUGUUGACAGAAUAAGCGAAAAUGAAGUGUCUCCAGAUGAAUUUAUAGAGAAAUAUGAAAAAAUAUACAAACCAGUAGUUAUAACUAAUGUACAGACAAAUUGGAAGGCAAAUCAUAAAUGGACUUUAGAUAGACUUGCCAAAAAGUAUAGGAACCAGAAAUUUAAAUGCGGGGAAGACAAUGAGGGUUACAGUGUUAAGAUGAAGAUGAAGUAUUAUGUAGAGUACAUGAGGACAACGACUGAUGACAGUCCCCUUUAUAUUUUUGAUAGCAGUUUUGGAGAGCAUGUGAGGAGAAAGAAACUUUUGGAAGAUUAUGAUGUCCCGUUGUAUUUUAGGGAUGACUUGUUUAAAUAUUGUGGUGAGGAAAGGAGGCCACCAUAUCGCUGGUUUGUGAUGGGACCUCAGCGUUCUGGUACUGGCAUCCACAUAGAUCCUCUUGGAACAAGUGCCUGGAAUGCUUUGGUGUUUGGUCAUAAAAGAUGGUGCUUAUUCCCAACCCAAACUCCCAGAGAAUUGAUAAAGGUGACUGGAGCAAUGGGUGGAAAACAAAGAGAUGAAGCUGUCACAUGGUUCAAACUUAUUUAUCCUAAGACUCAGCUAGAUACUUGGCCCAAAGAAUUUAAACCGGUGGAAAUUCUUCAAAAACCGGGAGAGACAGUGUUUGUACCAGGAGGCUGGUGGCAUGUUGUGCUCAACUUAGAUGACACAGUGGCUGUCACUCAAAACUUUUGCAGCCGAACCAAUUUCCCAGUGGUCUGGCACAAAACAGUGCGCGGGCGCCCUAAACUCUCCAAAAAGUGGAUCAAAGUACUGGAGACCAAAGAACCUGAUUUAUACAAGAUUGCUAGUGGCAUGGACCUAAGUCAGGGCACUGGUGUAGCCUCAGACAGUUCAUCUAAUAGUAGUUCUUCCAGUAGCGAUAGUGAUAGCAGCUCUUCGGAUAGUUCAGAAGAAGACAGUGGCCAGGAAAGCAUCACUGCCCACAAGAAAAAACGAAGAAGAAAAAUGUAAAAGGACCAAAGCGCCUUACAAUUUGCAUAGGUAAUCAACCUUGAUACCAUUCAUAAAGAUGUAAUAUCAAAUAUCAUAAGUGUAAGCCUGUUUUGUAUUACUAGAUAUAAUAACUAAUAAAAUUUUUACUUGUUGUUUUCAUAGUGAACAGUAUAUUUCUUUUGUUAAACUGACAACACAAUUCUUUAUGAAUAAAGUAUUAUCAAACAU